AUGGAGAAUAGUGAAUUUGGGAAGGGACUCGGUAUAUACUAUGAUUUCGAUCAAAGGAGUGAUGGGAUGGUACCUGAUGACCCGCCUCAGAACAACGACGAUGCGUCUUCUAUGGAUGAUGAAGAAAUGAAUUCAUAUAAUAGUCCCAAUGGCUCUAAUAGACUGAAGUUUUAUCCAUAUUCUAAUAACUCAAUGACAAGAAGUGUGGCUACAUUGAACUUGUCUAUCUCAAACUCGCAUAAUCAAGUAGAAGAAACGUUACCAUCCAAGAACAACAGAAUACGACAAGGUUUGGAUUUUGGAAUACCUUCAAGCAACACGAGACUACAACUACCUGCAAUAACAAAGACCACUGUUGAUUACUCAAAGACAGAGAAUAAAAAUUUCAACAUGGAAACGUGUUUAAAUGAUUGGUCACCUUUUAACUACAACGGUUCAAGCUCAUCUAACUCUUCCAAGAGUGAGUUGUCACCAUUCGUUAAUAACCCAGAGACUCUUAAAAAAUGGAGUUGGAUGCCAAAACAAAACAAAAAGCACGGGAAACCAUUGGAUAAAGCGAAUAUAAUAAUCACACAAACACCUAGGAAUACUAGCAAGAACCAUCCAGAUUUUGAAAUUGCGAAACCGGAUCCUUCCGCCUUCGAAACUUCUGGGUUGAAACCAAAAAGUUUACUCAACACAGCACAAAAAUUAGCUGUACCUAAUACACCUGUUAAGAAAUCACCUUUCAUAGAUACUGGUAAUACCUUUUCAAGCGCAUCUCGAGUAGCAGAUAGCAGUAUUCUUGAAUUUUCUACUUUGAAUUACAGAAAUUCAACGACAGGUCAUACAUCGUUUUUAUUCUCUCCAUCUCUAAAUAAGACACCAGUUCAUGAUAAGUUUUAUAACUCGACUGGUAUCUUGGAUGACUCUCCUUUACAGCUCUCAAAAGGACAAAAAAGCAACAAUAAGGAUUUUAAACAAAAUAAUGUUAGGCCAUUGCACUCAGAAUCUAAUACGCCGGAUUCCACUCACAAAGGUUCAUACAAAAAGAUAAAAAAAUCUAGGGAUUCUGUAAUACUAAAAAAUAUCGAAUUAUCUAAUAGUCUUCUACAAUUUACAAACGAUCUGUAUGAUGAAGAAGAAAAUCGGAACAAUAACAAAGAGAACCACCCUACUAUUUUCGAGUCUGAAGCUGAUGAUGAAUGUGUACCGCCUGCUGGUAAGGCUGAUGAUCACAGAAGAGAUAAAAAUUGCGGAUUAUCCCUGCAUAUUUCAUCACCCAAAUACAAUAGUCAAAUCUCCACUAAAAGUAACGUGAAUCACUUAAUUACCGUAGAGUCGUCAUAUGAUGUGAAAAGCCUUCUGACACCAACAAGAACUAAGUCUAUUGCUGGUGCGAAGAUGACUGAUAAAUUAGCAAAUCCAUACCUGAAUGAGGAAUUGUCUUCAUUCGAUGGCUUAUCUCCAUUGAGCUCAAAGAAAAAGAUACAUAAUCAAGAAAACCCUGAUAUGCAUUUAUCGAAGAAAUUUGAGGAUAUUUCCAUUAUUGGGCAGGGACCUUUUUCUACAGUUUAUUAUGUUGUUGAUCCUGAAACUAAUAAGAAGUUUGCAAUAAAAUCAAUGCAAAUCAACAAAAAGAAUCCCAUUAAAAGAAUUUUACAGGAAAUCAAUUUAUUAACAGAGUUUCAAUCGACAAAUCUUGAUGAAGAAGGCAAGGAAUACAUUAUUGAUUAUAUAACGUCCUGGAAAUAUGGGGACUCAUAUUAUAUUAUGACUGAUUUUUACGAAAAUGGAAGUUUAGAUAAAUUUUUGCAAGAGCAAGUGGUGUCAAAGAAAACUAAACUAGAGGACUGGAGAAUAUGGAAAAUCAUGGUUGAAAUUUGCCUUGGUCUACGUUUCAUACAUGAUUCUUGUCAGGUCGUGCAUCUCGACUUGAAACCGGCUAACAUAUUUAUCACAUUCGAGGGUAACUUAAAAAUUGGAGAUUUCGGCAUGGCUACUCAUUUGCCAUUAACUGACAAGUCUUUUGAGAAUGAAGGUGACAGGGAAUACAUUGCACCUGAAAUAAUUACCGACUCAGUAUAUGAUUUUAAAGCUGAUAUAUUCUCAUUGGGUCUGAUUAUGGUUGAGAUAGCGGCAAAUGUUAUUUUACCUGACAAUGGUAAUGCAUGGCACAAGUUACGCUCAGGUGAUUUAUCCGAUGCUGGACGCUUGAGUUCAACAGAUAUUCACUCAGAGUCUUUAUUUUCUUCUGUCACCAAAGUUGAAAAAGGUAACUCAGGGUUGUUGGAUUAUAACCGUGAAGUACUUUCUCAGAUUGAUUCCAACGCCUUCGAAGGAAACUCAAACCCAGUCUUGGAUCUCCCCCAUUCUUCCACAACCAAAGUUUCCAACAAGCUAAACUCGAAUAUCAACGCAGAAAAGCAACACUCGAGAGAUUCUAUACCAGCUUGGGUUCCUAAGUUCCUUAUCGAUGGAGAAUCACUUGAUAACAUCGUCAAGUGGAUGAUAGAGCCGAACUACAAAAGACGUCCUAGCGCCGAUGAAAUUUUGCAUACUGAAGAAUGUUUGUAUGUAGAGAUGACUAGAAAAGCAGGUGCCAUUGUUCAAGAGGAUGAUUAUGGACCUAGGCCAGAGUUUUUCCAGUAA